AUGGUAGACUUGGAGGAUGAGUAUAAGAGAAAUAAAGAUUUGCACGAGGACGACCUGAACACCCUCCAAGGGUGGGUUCAGAAGCAACCACACCUUCCGCCAAUCCUGCAGUUGGCGAUUUUCUUCCAUAGCUGCUAUUGGAGCAUGGAACAGACCAAGACCACGAUUGAAAAGUUUUUCACCUACAGAGGCGCGUGGUCCGAUUUCUUUGCGAAUCAAAAUCCAAACAACUCCACAGUGAAAAGUCACAUGGAAACAUCACUAUGCGCCAUUCUUCCUAGCCCUACGCCGGAAAACUACAAGAUCGUCCUCUACAAGCUUAUGAAUUCGGACGUGGAGAGGUUUGCAACAAAGGAGGAGUUUAAAAUCUUCGAUAUGUGUAUGAUGAUGGAGCUGAUGCAGAAAGGUACGUCCGAUGGUUGCGUGUUAGUUUGCGAUUUGAGGGAAGCUACGGUCGCGCACGCCUUGAAGUUCGAUAUAACAGCAACCAGAAGAAUUAUGUUGUACCUGCAGGAAGCCUUACCAGUCAGACUCAAAGGUCUUCACUUCAUAACCAUGGCCGGAAUUGUUAACCUGCUCAUGCCACUCGUCAAGCCUUUCAUGAAGAAGGAGCUCUUGACUUUGCUGCAUUUUCACGACUCAUACGAGUCUUUGUGCAAGUUUCUACCACGGGAAAUACUUCCUGCUGAUCUAGGUGGCAAAGGGCCGACGACAAGGGAGUUGCACGAAGACAUGCAAAAGUCGUUCACUGACUAUUCGGAUUUCUUCGUGGAACAAGAAAGCUUCGUUUCGAACGAAAGCCUACGUGAUGGCCGGCCAUCCUAUAUAGAUAAGGAUUUGGGGGUCGGGAUAGGUGGAUCGUUCAAGAAGCUCGACAUUGAUUAA